CUAAACUGUACUAAUAGUUAUGGGAAUGCUUUAUGCAAUAGUAAUAGACCUCACACCAGACAUAGCCGCAAAAUGGCAUACCGUGAAGUCACUUCCGAAGAGAUUAUGAAAUUUCUUGGACUUAGCCUACUCAAAGGUCAUAUAAAAUGUCCUAAACAAAGAAACCUUUUUUCAUUAUCUGAUCCACUACAUUAUCACCCCAUAUUUAGUUUCAUAAUGUCCGGACGAAGAUAUGAGCAAAUCCUACGCUGCCUCUAUGCAUCGGAAUUGGAAGCCAAAGGAGAAACUAAGGUUGUAAAAUUUAUUGAUAUGAUGACUCUAAACUUUCGUAAAAUUUACAAUGCUGGAAAAGAACUAUCAUUGGAUGAGUCGCUUCUACUAUUUCGAGGUCGUUUGCACUUUCGUCAAUAUAUCAAGUCGAAAAAGGCUCGCUAUGGCAUCAAAUUUUAUGAACUCACCACAUCUGAUGGCUAUGUGCUAAAUAUGAAAAUGUAUUCAGGUAAAGAAGCACCUGAGCAAAACUUGGGUGAAAAUGGGUCUAAGACAGAAAAGCUCGUAUUGCGAUUAAUGCGUCCGUAUUUGCUACAUGGUCAUCAUCUUUUCAUGGACAACUACUAUAAUUCUGUGAAUUUAUCACAGAAACUGAUUGAUUUGAAGACCCACUGCACUGGAACUUUGCGGGCAAAUCGUAAAGAAAAUCCUGUAUAUAUUGUAAAGAAAAAGCUGAAGAGAGGUGAGCACGUAUGGGCACGUAAGAAUAAAGUUUACGUUUCAAAGUGGAAAGAUAAACGUCCAGUAAUGAUGAUUACCACUGGCCAACAUCCUUCGAUUGUGGAAGUGAGUAACAGAUUUGGCAAGAGAAGACAGAAACCCGCAGAAGUGGAACUUUAUAACAGGUACAUGUCUGGCAUUGAUAGGUCCGAUCAAUUGAUAUCUUAUUACUCGUGCCCCCGAAAAACUAUAAGAUGGUACAAAAAGGUAUUGUUUCACUUGCUAGAUAUUGCGGUAUGGAAUGCUUACUUUCUGUAUAAAAAAUAUAAGAAAAACAACGCCUCUUCGUAUCAUUAUAUUAACUAUCGAGAAGAACUGAUCAAGGUGAUGAUUGGGAUUCAUGAUCGAAAUAUCAAAGGAAAAGACAUGGUCAAUCAAAGCAGCAUUUAUGAUAACAGACGAUUCCGACCAAGCACAUCAUCUGCUCCACAGGCAGUCAAUAUUUCUGGUACUGAAAAUAUCAUAACUGGUCAUUGGCCAGAACAAAUUUUAUCUAGACCUGGUACAGCAAAAAAGUUUGCUUUCCUAAAGUGCAAAGUUUGUACUAAAAAAAAUAUUCGAAAGGAAACGAGCUAUCGCUGUAAAGGAUGCCCCGAUAAACCUCCAUUGUGUCCACCAUGUUUCGAAUCUUACCAUAAUAGUAUUGACAAUAAUGAAUAAUUACGCUGAUUUUUAGAUUAUGAAACUGAUUGUGAUAUCACGUUCCUUAUGUACAAAAUGUAAGACUGAUUUAAAUAUAAUUAUGUUGAUUUUUGAGAAGAUUUAAUUACAUUUAGU